AAGUAUAAAUUAAAGGCGAGAGAUGCGACCGGCGCGGAUGCGUCAGUGAUCUACGUUCCAGCCAAGUUUGCCGCGGCCGCAAUCCAUGAGGCAAUAGACGCAGAAAUACCGUUGGUGGUGUGCAUCACCGAGGGAAUACCUCAGCAGGACAUGGUUCGCGUCAAGAAUAGACUGCUGAGACAGAACAAAACUCGACUCUUAGGUCCGAACUGUCCAGGAAUUAUCACUCCAGAGGAAUGUAAGAUAGGCAUUAUGCCUGGACACAUUCACCAGAAAGGAAUUAUCGGCAUUGUUUCACGUUCGGGAACUCUCACCUACGAGGCUGUUCAUCAAACAACACUGGUCGGGUUAGGGCAGACUUUGGUGGUAGGGAUCGGAGGAGAUCCUUUCAAUGGAACGAAUUUCAUCGAUUGCUUGGAUAUCUUCAUUAAUGAUCCGAAUACGAAAGGAAUCAUAUUAAUCGGCGAGAUUGGUGGACAGGCCGAGGAGAGAGCUGCGGAGUACUUGACCGAACAUAAUUCGGGUGAACAUUCGAAGCCAGUGGUGUCGUUUAUCGCUGGCUUGACAGCACCACCAGGUCGUCGAAUGGGUCAUGCAGGUGCGAUUAUCUCGGGUGGCAAAGGAACUGCUACGGACAAGAUUGAAGCGCUCAAGAAGGCUGGAGUUCUUGAACUUGUUCAUUUGCAAAUCUCCUAUCCCGUACAAUUGGUCAGUAAAUAA